AUGCUGACGGGGGAAGCGAUAGCGCAGACGACACAUAUCGGACCCACCGACCUCACCGCACUGCUUGUGCAGGACAGCGUGCAGAGUUUUUGUCCACUGCGGCAUAAUGGUGUGCGUUUUGGUAGAGUUUCGCAUGCAUUUGGGAAAACAACGAUGAACGCGAAGCAUCACUGCUUGCAUUGGUCGUCGACAGACCCGACACGAGCACCAGCGAUUUUUUUUCCUGUAGUAGGAGAUGCACUUCAGCGUGACGGCACGGAUGAAUUGCUUCGUGUGGUCAAUGAUAGGGGUACUGUAACCUACUUUGCCCCAGAGAAGGGGCAGCGGUGUUUGCUUGGACUGGUGAAACUUGUCCAAGGCACUGACGGUGCCUACACGAAGAAGUUUAUCCAAGUGCAUGAAUCAUGGUCGUUUCAUGCGCAGAUGACUUCAGAUGAGGAGGGUAGCUUUGGAAGUGACGCACAUGCCAUGGAGUUGUUUGGCAGAAAAUUGGUCAUGUGGAUCUUUAGCUAUUAUGCAAGGGUCUCUACUGCGCAGCUUACACUUCACCAGCUGGAAACCGCAUUUCCACUCCUUACUUCGGUGACUGCGCAAGAGCGUCGUCGCUUCGUGGGCGGGGCUCUGACCCGCUUUGCCGGUGGACGACUCUCGUUCUAUGACGACCGUGUUAUUGCUUUGAAGUCGGUUCCUGUCCACGCACUCUCUUUACUCUCACCGGAUGAGUUCAGAAUAGUGACAUCCAUGGAGCAGGCGACGGUUGCUUUUAUGUUCAAGUGUCAACUACAACAUGACGAAGUCCUUGAGGCAUUGCACACCAUCUUGGACACGUGGGGGAAACGUGGCGCCGCGCUAGCCUCAUCGCUUAUACGAUUAGCUGUUACAGUGCUUCUUUCACAUGCCGUUGGUACCUGUGCCUUGUUGCCGCAUGGACUACGAGGCUGGCUACGCCCCUUUGUCCUUCAUUACUUGCCAACGCUACUAACACUUCAGGGGGAGGAGUCGUUUGUUGGGAAGCUAGUCACUUUUUUGCGGCACUCAAAAACUCCUAAAGGAUCCACGUUGGUUGCUGUGCGGCGGAGAAUGGAGGAUAUCAUGCGGAACGAGGCAAUUGCUGCAGAGCCGUCAGCCACGUGUGGGGAGCGUGAGGGCAGAGCUGAGCUGGAUGAGGGAUAUUUCUUCGAAUCCGUUGCGCCGCUCCCGUCAGUGGGCUCCAAGGUGGUGUGGAAGAUUGCGAAACUUACGUUCCGUCACACAACUGUCCCGCCUCCAGCGACGUAUGCGUUGAAAAGCGUCCCAUUUAACGGGUCAGCACCGGACAGUCUCUUUUCUGUCGUUCUUUUUUCAUCGUCACGCCUGCAUUUGUCACGUCCCUUUCUGAAGUCUGUUGAGGACGGGGAGUUGUGCUUGAGCUUGAACCUUGGAAAAGUCGCCUCUCACACAGAGCUGGACGACGAGGUGGUGUGGCCAACCGCGAGAAAGCGGAGACGUGGGCGAGGGCGCGUGUGA